GCUUCAUCGCCUUUAGAAAGAUCAGUGUGUGCAUACACUGGGAUCUUCGUAAAGUUGAUAAUUAUGAGUGUUACGAGGAAUUUGAUUGGGAAGUUCAAUGGCAAAAAGAAGGAGAUUCAUUAGCUCGUUAUUUAGUUCGAAUUGGUGAAAUGAUGGAAUCCAUAAAAAGGCCAUAUGAAAAUUUAGAAAUCCGAUGCUUUGAUAGAGAAAGGAAAUCAGAAUGGAAUGAUUUUGAAUAUCGAUUCAUUAGUAAAAAACCGUCUCCUACUUUUGAAUUGUCAAAACAAGAACUUUAUGUAAGAGUUGAGUCCCCGAAGGGGGAAUUGGGAAUUUUUCUAAUAGGGGAUCAGAAUGGUUUUCCUUGGAGAUGGAAAAUUCGCCCACCAGGUUUUAUCAAUUUGCAAAUUCUUCCGCAAUUAGUUAAAAGAAUGAAAUUGGCUGAUAUUAUGACAAUACUAGAAAUACAAGAUAUCGAUUCUUUUUCCAGAGUGGCGUAUUUAAAGGAGGUCUGUGGAAUUCUGUGGGUAUUUGCCCCCAUUUUUCUUCUUGUAUUGGGAAUCACAAUAAGUGUACUAGCAAUUGUAUGGUUAGAAAGAGAAAUAUCUGCAGGUAUACAACAGCGUAUUGGACCUGAAUACGCCGGCCCUUUUGGAGUUCUUCAAGCUCUAGCAGACGGAACAAAACUGCUUUUCAAAGAGAAUAUCAUUCCAUCAAGAGGGGAUAUUCGUUUAUUUAGUAUUGGACCGUCCAUAUCAGUCAUAUCAAUUCUAAUAAGUUAUUCAGUAAUUCCUUGGGGGUAUAAUUUUAUUGUAUCUGAUCUCAAUAUAGGUGUUUUUUUAUGGAUUGCUAUUUCGAGUAUUGCUCCCAUUGGACUUCUUAUGUCAGGAUAUGGGUCAAAUAAUAAAUAUUCCUUUUUGGGGGGUCUGCGAGCUGCUGCUCAAUCAAUUAGUUAUGAAAUACCAUUAACUCUAUGUGUGUUAUCAAUAUCUCUACGAUUAUCUAAUAGUUUAAGUACAGUUGAUAUUGUUGAUACACAAUCAAAAUAUGGUUUUUGGGGGUGGAAUUUGUGGCGUCAACCUAUGGGUUUCAUCGUUUUUCUAAUUUCUUCCCUGGCGGAAUGUGAAAGAUUACCCUUUGAUUUACCAGAAGCAGAAGAAGAAUUAGUAGCGGGUUAUCAAACCGAAUAUUCGGGUAUCAAAUUUGGUUUAUUUUACGUUGCUUCCUAUUUAAACCUUUUAAUUUCUUCAUUAUUUGUAACAACUCUUUACUUGGGUGGUUCAAAUAUAUCCAUUCCGUACAUCUUUUUUUCUGAUUUUUUUGAAAUAAAUAAACCAUAUGGGAUUUUUGGAAUUACAAUAGGUAUCUUUAUUACACUAGCUAAAACUUAUUUGUUUUUGUUCAUUUCUAUCACAACAAGAUGGACUUUACCUAGGCUAAGAAUGGAUCAAUUAUUAAAUCUUGGGUGGAAGUUUCUUUUACCUAUCUCUCUCGGAAAUCUAUUAUUAACAACCUCAGAAAGAAAUAAAAAUAUAUUCAUAGAUAUUCACGAUAUGUUCCUUAUAGUAACUGGGUUUAUGAAUUAUGGUCAACAAACAAUCCGAGCCACAAGGUACAUUGGUCAAAGUUUGAUGAUUACCUUAUCCCACACAAAUCGUUUACCCGUAACAAUUCAAUAUCCUUAUGAAAAAUUAAUCACGUCAGAACGUUUUCGCGGUCGAAUCCAUUUUGAUGAUAAAUGCAUUGCUUGUGAAGUAUGUGUUCGUGUAUGUCCUAUAGAUCUACCUGUUGUUGAUUGGAAACUUGAAGCUGAUAUUCGAAAGAAACGAUUGUUUAAUUACAGUAUUGAUUUUGGAAUAUGUAUAUUUUGUGGUAACUGUAUUGAGUAUUGUCCAACAAAUUGUUUAUCAAUGACUGAAGAAUAUGAACUUUCGACUUAUGAUCGCCACGAAUUGAAUUAUAAUCAAAUUGCUUUGGGCCGUUUACCAACACAAGUGAUUGACGAUUAUACAAUUCGAACAAUUCAAAUCAAAUAAGAUUAUUUAGAAUUAAGAAUUCUAUAAUUAAUAAUAAAUUAUUAUAGAAAAUCAUAUAAAUCAAAUAAUAUUAUAUAUAAAGAAAAUCGAAUAAUUUAAAUUUGAAGAAUUUUUUUAUUCUUCAAAAAGAAAUAAAAAAUUGGAUUCGAUAUUAUUAUAGAAAUAGAUUCUAUCGAUAGACAUCUACUUUAGUUUUAGUACAGUUUCUAUUAUGUUUUCGCAUAAAGAAUGAAAUAUCAUCGGUGCUCUAACUGUACCUACAUUAAUUAACACCCCUAAAUAUUUGAGUAUUGGAUUCAAUUCAAUGCAAAUCGAAAUGGAGUAUAUUAUUUUUUUUCCCGGUUGUAUCAAUAAGGUCAUGAAAUCUCGAUUUAUUUAUCUCUUAUUUUCCAUAUAAUGGAUUUGCCCGAAUCGCUACAUGAUUUUCUUUUAGUUUUUCUGGGAUCCGGUCUUGUAUUAGGAAGUCUAGGAGUCGUAUUACUUACCAACCCCAUUUUUUCUGCUUUUUCAUUGGGAUUGGUUCUUGUUUGUAUAUCUUUAUUAUAUAUCUUAUCAAACUCCCAUUUUGUAGCUGCAGCACAGCUACUUAUUUAUGUGGGAGCUAUAAACGUUUUAAUCCUAUUUGCUGUGAUGUUCAUGAAUGGCUCAGAGUAUUACCAAAAUUUUCAUCUUUGGACUGUUGGGGAUGGAAUUACUUUUAUGAUUUGUACAAGCAUUUUUAUUUCACUAAUAACUACUCUUCCAGAUACAUCAUGGUACGGUAUUAUUUGGACUACAAGAUCCAAUCAGAUUAUAGAGCAAGAUUUGAUAAGUACAAGUCAACAAAUUGGAAUUCAUUUAUCAACAGAUUUUUUUCUUCCAUUUGAGCUCAUUUCAAUAAUUCUUUUAUCGGCUUUGAUAGGUGCUAUUGUCGUAGCUCGCCAGUAAGAAAUCUUUAUAACUGACAAUAUAAAUAAAAAAUUCAAUUUGAUAUGAAUUUAUCAUAUUUAUUUCCGUUGAAUUCUAUGUGAGGGUGAAAGAGCGUUUGUUUGUGUAGAAAAUCGUUUUUUUGAUUGAUUGCUGAUAUAUUCUUUUGUUCCAGACUUGUUAUAUUCUUUAAGUUAAUUUAAUAUGUUGAAUUGUUAUUCAUAUUGAAUUGUUAUUCAUAUUGAAAUGAAUCCAAAUUGAUAAGGAGUUGGUCA